GUAACAACGUUCUAAGCAUCUCCGCUCGGCUCAGGUCAGAGCUUCAAUUAGUUAGUAUCUCGCCGUCGGUAUUCAGUGGCGCAUCACCGAUUGCGCUUCUCCCCUCGGUCUCACGAAGUCGCGAGUGCGUUCGAUCCGUAACUCUAGUCAACUCAACAUGCAAAUCUAUUCGGCACUGCUGAUCUUUGGCAUUUACUUUCACUGCUUCACUGCAACGACAGUAUUGGCGCGAAAAUGCGCCCACGCGACGGUGUUCCACAAAAUCCUUGGCAUGCGACCCGCGGGGAAGAGCGGCGAAACGGGCGGUCAACUUCCGCUUUACGGUGCCAGCGAGUCUGAUGUAGCCGUCAACGCAAGAUGCGCGCGAUUAUGUCGCGAAGAUCCCGUCUGCUAUGGGUACCUGUUGGUGUUCAGUCAGAACGUUUGCUACGGGUACAGCAGCAACCGAACGGCGACAGAGGCGGCUCCGGCCCAGUACGACUACAUAGACGACACCAACCAUCAAUUAGUGACCGAUGCUAAUGUUGCGUUUUUCGUCAAGACGAGCUGCUUGGACGUGCCACAAGCUUGUGCAACCAACAAGCUGUUUCCCCUGGUGUCCGUCCCCGGCGCAAUUCUCAGCACGCCUUCCUCCCACCAGCUGCCACGGCUGGUCACGCGGGAAGAAUGCGCCAACGCGUGCUUUCGCGAGCAACGGUUCGCCUGCCGAUCGGCCCGCUUCGUGCGAUCCUUCCGCAACAAUCGGCACCGCCUCUGGGCCAAGAUCGAUCGCAUACAAAUGGGUCAGUGCUUCCUGAGCGAAGCCGACCGGUUCAGCCGUCCGGAAGCGUUCUUGCGGCGGGGAUGGCCGGAGGACGAGGAAUACCUGGAGAACCAGUGCCACACCCUCGCAGAACGAGGAGCGGUUGGAUGCUCGUUCGAGCAGCAUCGUGAUACGGCGUUCGUCUACGCGGACGAUUCGUUGACUGUGUCUGGCGAGAAGGGUUGCAGUGAGCGGUGCUUGAACGAGGAUCGAUUCGUUUGCAUGGGCUAUACGUAUCACAAUUUUACUAGAGAAGGAAAAGGAGGAGGUGGCGUAAAAUGUUUGCUGCAUUCUGACGAUUUGACGAGCUUGGGCCCCAAGGCUAUUCGGAUGGUGUUUGAAUCGACUUAUGCAAAGAGGGUACCCUGCUUACAGUUGGAGGCGCAAUGUCUCAGUAAUAGGAUGGAGGUGGCGUAUCAACCAGACGAAGAGUAUCGUGGGAGAUUGUACUUGAACACGGAGCACCAGAAUUGCAGUUUUGAGAUGACCAACAAUGAAACUCGACUUCUGGAGAUAGCAACUGGAAAUGAAAUCGUUGAGUCGCGCUGUGGAAUUCGAAGAGCAUUUAUCAAAGGAAAUAUGUUUGAUUAUCUAGUGUUUGCCUACGUCUACGUGCAGCAGCAUCCCGUGGUUCGUACGCAAUCCGAUCGUCUGCUCAAAAUUGGCUGCAUUCACCACUUCGAUUCCGCCAACAUUACUCAGCUGAUGAACAACCUCCCGAUGCAGUCAACCGUGGACUUCAUCCCGCACAGCCAGUCGUUCAGUUUCGGCUCGACGGAAAUCCGCAACGGGACAUCCAAGGUAGUGAAAGGAGUCACCACUGAACUGGUAGACGUAGAAACACAAGCGGAGGUCUUCGAAGCCACGCUUGGACAGCUGCUAGAAAUGCGUAUCAGAUCUUCCCAUUCGGAGUUCGAUAUGAUGCCCCACAGUUUGGUUGCGUAUUCGGGGGAGCAGACAUUGACGCUAGUGGACGAGAAGGGAUGCCCGCUGGACGGGCAGCUCCUUUCCGGCUUUCGGAAACAGAAAAAAUCCUCCGAGGUUGUACUAGUGGCACGUUUCCAUGCCUUUAUGUUUCCCAGCUCAACAACGAUAAAUUUUAGAGUAACGAUUCAAUUUUGCUACGAAUCGUGCCCCAAAGCAGUGUGCUUCUAUCAAUAAAUGUAUUCUAUUUUUAAAAAUGCCUAA